AUGAAUGAAGAGCCUGUUCAGCUUACCGAUGCUCAUAGACAUGAGCUUUCAUGGGAGGCUGCCACCGAACGUUUUCUCAAGGCUGCUGAACUGGACAAGCCACUUGUGAAACAAUUGUCGAGAAGUACAUCGAAUAACUACCUGUCUACAUCAUUAAAUGUGCAGCAGAGAGUGGAGGAUGUAUCUACAUAUAUACAUCAUAUUGCUUCUGGGUUUGAAGCAUCUAGAAGACUAUUUGGUGCAAUUCCAGGUAGCCUGCAACCAGAUGAACAGCUAUGCAAGGACCUUGGGUUAGCUACUUCUGGGAAUCAAGGGUCAAGAAAAUGA